AUGUCUUCCGACGAAGCUCAAGUUCAGAUCGGUGACUCGGACAAAGCCAUUUGGCUCUCUUACGCAAAGGGAAUUCGGCAACAGAUAGCUCCAACAGGCCUCGGUCCCAAUGAUGUUCUAUACGUUUGCCCGCCGACCUAUGUUAGUCUUGGUGUGAACAACAGGGCGGAGGACAUUAACCGUGAUGUUGAGAAAAAUGCGGGUGCAAUGCUUCCGCCUACGGCUGGCGCACUGUUUGUUCCAUCGUCUGCGAGCGAGCGCUAUUUCCUGCGUCUUCGAACUCUUUCGAAUUGUAUCAACCCAGCACCAUCUAAUAUGGCUGUCGCUACAGAUAUCCAGGCCAAGAUCAACGAGGCUCGUACUGACAAGGAAUCCGCCGAGACCGAUUACACGAAUGCCACGCACAAGGCUUGGGACGACUACUCCAAAUACCUCCAAAAGUCAAAGAAACAGCACCAGCAGAAAGUUCUCGAUUACAAAACUUGGUCGGAAACCAAUGCCUCCGACCUUGGGGAUUACAGGAUUGGUGUUGCCAAUGCCACGUCGUCGUACCACAGCCUCCUUAAAAAUACCUAUGGCCAGCAGGUUCAGAACAUGAUUGACGUUCAAGUAUCGAUCGCUAAGGCCAUUGACGAAGAAAAACACCCAGGGUUUAAUAUGCCUACUAUAUUUGCUGAUAUCGCGUCCGACAAAGAAAUUAACAAGGACGAUAUCGCCUACGUCCCCGCUUAUACCUUGAGUGGCUAUGGCGAUUUACUUACCAAGUGGAAGAAGUCAACCAACACCAAUUAUCACAACAUUAGCGUGUCUGUCAACAGCAGUAAGAACCUCUCAUGGACUUCCUUCGGCCACUCGGAGAGUCUCAGCGAUACUAAGAAGAAGGUCUGGGUCGUUUUCAAUGAAAGCUCCAGCUCUGAAGAGAAAGACAAGCAUUCCGCUGAGCAAUUGGAGGAAGAGCUUAGCAAAGUCGACUUCAAUCUCAAAGUCAAAGAAUGGGCUGCCAUUCCCAUCACUCGUGGGAAUUGGGACCACCCUAACAUUCGCAAGAACUUCAAAUUCGUCAGCGAAACUCCUACCGAGGAGGACUAUGUCAUCCCCACGGCGAUGCUCAUCGGCUACGGCGUCGGCCUCGAGGCAACAUUCCAGAGCGAGGCCAAGAAAUCUGCUAAGGAGGCCAUUGAUCAUUUUAGCAAGACGACCGAGUCUGGGAUGAGGAUUUUGGGUAUCGAUAUCCAGCCUUCUAAGUCCAGCACGAGCAGCUCUUCUACGUCUAAGAGCGAUGUUAAGUUCGACUCUGAAAACGGGAAAAUUUCCAUUAGUCCGGAGAAUAACCUCAACCCCGUCGUGCUAGGCAUCCUUGGUAGCAAGAUUAGGUUGUAA